AGCUGCUGCUGUCAGAUGACUACAACUCCAAACUCAACAGUCACCUGUCUACUCGCCAAGAUCAAGGACCGGAACAUCUGACAAGAUGAUCGUGGAAGUAGUCCUUUCGUUGAGUCUCAUUUUCAUUGAUCUAUACUAUUAUCUUACAAAGAAAUAUGACUAUUGGGAAAAGAAGGGUGUUGAAUAUAUAAAGCCCGUUUUUCCGUUUGGCACUAUGUGGGAUCAAAUGAAGGGGAAAACAGACGCUGGGACACUGCUGACAAAGAACUAUACGGAAAACAAGAAGAAGGGACUGAAAUAUGUCGGUUUACAUACGCUUCGACAACCGACACUUUUAAUCUUAGAUCUUGACUUAGUAAAACACAUUCUCACAAAAGAUUUUCAUAAUUUUGUUGCGAGAAACUUUACUCCAACAACUCAUGAAUACAUCUCUAAACAUUUGUUCUCAUUAGAAGGGCAGGAGUGGAAAGAUAUGAGAACCAAACUAACACCAACAUUUACAUCUGGGAAAAUGAAAAAUAUGUUUAUUCUAAUGGAAAAAUGUACACAACAACUUCAAGAUCAUAUUGAAAAUGUCAUUUUAAAGAAAGGAGAAUUUGAAGUCAAAGAUCUCAUCGCAAGAUUGACAACAGAUAUAAUUGCUACGUGUGCUUUUGGAUUGGAAGUAAACUCUAUUCAUGAUCAUGACAAUGACUUUUUCAAGGUUGGGCAAAAGAUUUUUCUUCCAAAUAGAAUGAACUUGUUUAAGUUCCUCAUGCAUUCAAAUUUUCCAAGAAUUUCAAGAUUAUUAAAAAUAGAUUUUUUUGACCCUCAAAUAUCCGUUCUCCUUAUGACAGUUAUGAAAGACACUAUCGAAUAUCGUAAAAAAAAUAACAUCAUAAGGAAUGAUUUUGUAGAUUUGUUAAUAAGGGUGAAAGAAAAUAAAUCUUUGGAAGACCAUGACGAAGAAUCCAAAAAUGAAAUGAAAGAUGCUUCCAAGUUUUUAAAUAUUUUGAAAAAUAGCUUACAAGAUAUAAAACACCAAGAGAAGGACCAUCUUACUCUAGAAGAAAUGACUGCCCAGGCAUUUGUUUUCUUCGCAGCAGGGUUUGAAACAGCUGCGUCCACAACUAGUUUCUGUCUUUACGAGUUGGCCAAAGCUCCUGAAGUUCAAGAGAAACUCCGAAGAGAGAUUGAUGAAGUUUUGGCCAACCACGAUGGCAAAAUAACAUAUCAAUCUAUACAAGACAUGCAUUAUAUGGAUAUGGUAAUGAAUGAGACACUGCGCCUGUAUGCGUCUCUACCCUUUCUGACCAGAGUGUGCACGGAGCGUUAUCAACUUCCUGGCACAGAUCUAGUCAUCGACGAGGGAGUCCGCAUCACUAUUCCCUCCUACUGCUUCCACCACGAUCCUGAUAUCUUCCCCGAUCCCUACAAGUUUGACCCGGAGCGCUUUACUGACGAGAACUGUCAUAGCAGACACCAUUACGCCUUUCUACCCUUCGGCGAAGGACCGAGGAUUUGUAUCGGUAUGAGGUUUGGCAAGCUGCAAGUGAAGGUGGCUUUAGCUUCUAUACUCUCCCUCUACGAACUGUCACCAACCCCUGAUACACCCGACAAGCUGGAAAUCCAUCCACACAUCGUCUUCACCACACCCAGACAUCCCUUCAGUCUCCGAAUCACAAAGAGAACUGAUUUAUGAGGAAAUGUUUCUCAACAUUGACGUAAUAGUUAUAUAGACUCAAGUUCAAAACUAGUUUUAGAGUUCAAAAGUAGAAUCUCAAAAUAAAAAAAAAAGAAUUCAUCCUGCAUAUCACACAGUGUUGAUUUUACAACUGGAGUAGUUUUCAAUUCAACAAUAGACAAUUUUAUUACCAAUCUAGAUGAAUCUCAAACAUAUAUAUCAGGCAUAAUACCAUUUAUGUCAAUAGUUCAUAAUGUUUGAGGAAUAAACAUUCGUUUAGACCAUAAGUAAAAAUAUAAUUUUAGCUAUAUUUUAUAGCAGAGAUUUUUCAAAGAGGAAUAUUAAUAUUUGAAACACAUUAUUGCAUAUUAAAAACUGGUUUUCUUUGUAUAUAGCUAAUGUAGAAGAUAAGUUAUAUAAAUCUUAACAUUAAAUAAACGUAUUUAAAUAUUAAUUUAUUUUUCAUAAAAAUAGAGCUAAACAAUUUACAAACAACAAAAAUUACUCUAUAAGUACAAAGUUGACAAAUUAAAAUACCCCCGCCGCAGCAAACCUGCCGACUAAGCGAAUUUCUAUUUGUCUUAAUUGAUUUUCAAUUAAAUAUAUUUUAAUAACAUUAAGUUUAACGAGUACCUAGGUUUGCUGCUACAAGGAAACUAAUAAAGUGUGUUUUUUUGUAAAAUAUUGAUAGCUUAGUACAAAAUGAAUAAAUUUGAUCAAAAUACAAAAUAUAUCCAUAAACAAGCAAACUACAACAUAUGACAAUAUUCUCCAUAAAAAUAACAUAGAAAUUUUAAAUUUACAAUUUUUUUAAUUUUCUCCGUUACUACUAACCGAACAAAAAUACUUUUAUAUACUAAAUUAAUUGUUUUUUUAAGCUCUUUAAAAAGGUCUAAAGAGAAAUUAGGAAAUUUUAUGUUUUGAGGGUCAAAAGUGAGAAACCCCAAUUUUUACCCCAUAAAACCCCCCGUAAAGCCUCGUUCCCAUGGUCCGAUCAUGCUGGUUCGCGAACUCAUUCAAGUUUAGCCCGCUUUACAC